GAGAUAGCUCGCUAUACGCGCAGGUUCACGCGGUGGCGCGCGUUUUGGGGGAGCGCGCACAUCUAUCCGGGGCUCGUUCAUCUGUGCAGCGAGCUGAGAGUCAGUGCCGCAAGUGAAGAGGGACUCAUAAGUUAUCAGCAUCGGAGUAGAUUCACCAAGAGGCUCAACCGAGCUGCUUUUCCGGGCGGACGGGCCGUUUAGCCAACUCUGGUCGCGCGCGGAGGAAAGGAAAGCGGAAGGAUGCUGAUCCGAGCAGAGUCAGGAGCCGCAGCCUCACCUCAUCAGCGCCAACACGGGAUCCUCUUGUAACUUUUAAUGUGUUGAAGUUUAUCUCAGCUGUUUAUCUAGCUUGUUCUCUUCUGUCCGGUGCCACUCGCCUGCCAUGGUUGGUUUAUCAGCCCACAGCGCGCUCUUUCUGUGCGCCUUCCUCCAGCUGUUCUCCCUGCCCGGCGGACAGGUGCCAAACUGCCAGGAGGUGCGCACAGUGUUUCAGUCUCUGCACCCGGGCUCCAAGUGGGUCCCCGAAACCCCGGUGUCAGGUGCGGAUCUGCAGGUUUGCCAAACCAAAGGCCCGAGCUGCUGUUCCAAGAAGAUGGAGGAGCGGUAUCAGGUAGCCGCACGCAGCAACAUGGAGUCUGGUCUGCAGGUUGUCAGUGGUCAACUCAAGCGUCUCAUCAUCCAGAACGCCGCCAUAUUCCAAGAGGCUUUUGACCUGGUGCUGCGUCAUGGUCGUAACUCCACGCUGGCAAUGCUGAAGUCAGAGUUCCCAAGUCUCGGAAGCGGGGCCCAGAGCUCAGUGGGGCAGCUCUUCCUGGACAUGUCGCUCUACAUCCUGGGCUCAGAUUCCACAGUGGACCACAUGGUGGCGGUGCUCUACGGCCGCCUCUUUCCCCUGACAUACCGCCGCCUGCUGGGGGGCAGUGGAUCCUCUGCAUCUGAGGAGUGUGUAAGAGGCGCCUGGAAGGACUCAGGAGCAUUUGGCCCUUAUCCCAAACUGAUGAUGACCCGUCUGUCCCGCUCCCUCCUGGCCACUCGAGUCUUCCUUCAGGCGUUGAACCUGGGCAUCGAGGUUGUCAACACCACAGACCACCUGCGGCCUGGCCGGGACUGUAGCCGUGCCCUGCUGAAGCUGUGGUACUGCCCGCACUGCCAGGGCAUGCUGGGGCCGCCAGCUUGCAGAGGCUUCUGUCAAGCAGUGAUGCAAGGCUGCCUGGGGGGAGCAGCCGAGGUGCAGCCUCACUGGAGGAGCUAUGUAGACGGAUUGGGGAAGCUGGCUGGCGCCAUGAGGGGGGAGCAAGACAUGGAGGCUGUUGUUCUCAGACUGCCUUCAAUGAUCAAACUCGCUCUCAAGCAUGCUGUGAAUGCCCGUACUCGCCUCAGCGCCCUGGUGAGCGGGAUGUGUGGACACACUCCUCAGCGGGCCUCUCGCUCUGUUGCAUCCUCUCCUCCUCAACCUCCCGCUGCCUCUGCAGCCCGCAACACCCAGCCCUCAUCCUUGGACGCAGAUGAGACUUUGGCGGGCCUCCGCAGGGAGUUCAUAUCUAGCCUGAAGAGGUUCAGCUCCUUCUACAGUGGUCUCGGGGAGGCGCUGUGCAGCCGUGAACCUGCUCCAGCAAACCACUCCCUCUGCUGGAAUGGGCAGGAAAUGACAGACAGGUUUGCAAGUCCCGGCCUGAAACGGUCGAACCCCGGCUCAGAGUCCCGAAGCAACAAACCCCCUGAGCCAGUCAUCAGCCAGAUCAUAGACAAACUCAAGCACAUCAACCAGCUGCUGCGGCUUGUGACGGUAUCUGAGAAGCGCUGGAGAGCCCGGUCGCGUGGAGGUGGAGGAGGAGGAGGAGUGGAUGGGUGGAGCGACGAAGGGGAAGAGGGAUUCGAGAGCGGUGACUGUGACGAUGAAGAUGAGUGCACCGGAGUGUCCGGGCUGGGGCCGCCCCCGAGACGCAAACGGUUACGCAUCUUUGCAGACCUUGCUGAUAACCUGGCAAUGGACGACUUCACCUUCCAGGAGCAGCUGCUGACCCCUCGGUUAGCCACAGCUGGCGUGGGAGGCGUCUCCUCACCUGCGGUUCCGCUGUUGAGGAGCUACCUGGUCCCGACGCUCCCUGUGACGCUCGCUUUGCUUCUGCUUUGUCACCACUGACCACCUGACCCGUGCACUCACACGCUCCCAUCACCACUUUUCCCCAGGAUUCAAUACAAACUGUGGAACGUGAUAAACUUUUUUAAAGUUCUGGUUCCCGAAUUAAGUUCGGUGGCUCAUCAGAAGAAGCAUGAACAGCCAGAAAAUGCUACUUUCUCUUUAUCUGUCUCAACAAGAAUCUGUUGUGUUUUAUUCAAAAGCUGUUAAAAAUCACUGGAUCUUCUUAACAAACCUAUUAAAGCACACCAGAUAAACUUAGGGCAUCGUGUAAAUAAGAAACCUGCCCUCUGGUCCACUCUCACUACUGUUAUCCCAACAUUUGUGCCCUCCAGCACCUCUCCCUUAUGCUCUCAUACUGACUUCUGGGUCCUCAUCAUUAGAGAGCGUUGUCAUCAACCUGCAAGCGAGGAGCUACUUGGAAAACAGACACACAACAGACCUUUUUAAAAUGCUCCCGCUCUCAGUCGUCACUGAGUUAUCGCCCUGCAGGAACAAACUGGAAGAAAAGAAGAAGUCACCCUUUGCAACUCUCCUACAUGGCAGCAAAUUAACUCCUGCCAGGACUGACCAUCAGCUGAGAAGUUUUAGUCAACUCACUGAGGUGAAACCCCUAUUUAAAGAUGCACUGUACCUUAAAACGCUCUGUUAGUACUAAAAUCUCUCUUUUCUCUCUCUCUCUCAUUGUUUGUGUCCUAGCGAUAGAUAAAUUAUUUCAGACUGAUUCCCUCAACUCAAGUUUCAUUCCAACUGUCUGUGUUUGCUUCAUUUUGUAAUGCUGGUCCUUUUUUAAAACAGUAACAGCCCUAUAAUAAAAAAUAUUCAAGGGCUAUCAUAAGAGUAUAACUCAGCCUGAUAACUGUACAUAUGUAUGUUUCUCUGUGAUGGUGCCAUGUUUACAAAAAAAUGUUGAUUUGCAAUAUUGGCAUAUUUCACAUGAAAUGUGUGGAUUGAAUUAUUAGCUGGACUGUGAAGCAUUGCUGCAAAUUUCUAGCUUAUUCUUUAGCACUGUGGGUAAAGUGAGGCGUAAUAUGGACUACAAAUAUGUAUAAAAAUAUGUGUAAAUUAGUUUUGUUUUGUUGGUUUGCCCUGGGCUCACACAUUCUCAGUGUCGGUCCAGUCCUAUUAUUUAUUGUUGUUUUUGUUUUUUUGUUAACCGUGAGAAUUCCUUUUGGUUUUCAAAAGACUGGCAGACAUGUGAUGACACAAAUGAAAAGCUCGCAGUGUAUCUGCUGCUGCUGCCACCCAGCUGACUUCAGAGCAGUGAGUGUAGGCUGCACUGAUGGUAGACCAUUUGACUUGUCUUAUCAGGAAACGCACAGGUGUAACGAAUAACAAUAACGACGGCUCUGCUCCAUUUAGGUGUGCCAGCAAGUCAUGUCAGUGAGCCACCAUGCAGAAUACCAGAACGUUGACACUGGUACACCUAAUCAGAAUGUAGCCUUAAUUAGCGUCAUUAGUCACACCUGUGUUUGUGAUGAAAAAGAUCUGUCAAAAUGUGAACAGAGGCUGGUAUUAAUUCAAUGACCGGUAACAUGUUUCUUUAAUUUAUUUUUUCAGUUGUAAUG